AUGCGACGCGCAGAACGCAAGCGGCAGACGACGACGACGACGACGCCGCCGCCGGGGCAGACGCCGCUGUCGACUCUGAUGCACGACUCGUGGACUACGGGACGCGUCUGGUUCGACUAUGCGCUGAACAACUCCGACCACGUCGACGGCAUCUAUUGGGCUGUGUUUCACCGGCCCGAGUCCCCGCCAGAGCUGCCCCCGGAGGCCAAGGCGGAGAUGGAGCGGUACGUGCAGUUUACCGCAUCCCAGCUCGCAGACUAUGAGGAUUCUUGGGAUUCUUACCUCCUUGCCAAGGCAGAGGCGUAA